GGAGGAGUAAUAAAAAAUAUACAGCACCUAUAUUGUGCCAGUGUGGUUAGAGCAUUGCACUAGGACCUGGAAGACCAGGAUUGAAAUCCCCACUCAGCCAUGAAUCUCACUAGAUGGUUCACGACAUGUUGAGUGCUCUUUGCAUAAAACCAUUUCUAUAGUAUAGCCCAAUGGGAAAGAGAUCUGUCAUCAUUAACUCUAACUGGAAUGAAGAGGAAUCCUGACAUCUGACCAUUUUCUGGAAUAGUUUUGUUGAUCUGUAUCAUAUGAUAAAGGCCAUGAAUCCAGAACCCUACAUGUCACUUGAGUGACAAGAUGAGCCACAGGAACACAGCUAUGCAAGAAGAUGGAUGUGAUGUUAAAGAUUAUGGAAACCUGAAGUUUGAGGAUUUUCCCGAUGAUAACCCAUUUAACAAAAAGAAGAAUCCCAUAUCUGUUGGGAAAGCAAACCAGAUGUUAGCCAGUGUCAUUGCAGAAGUGAAGAGAAGUGGAAGAACAUCACUAGUUCUUGGGGAAGAUCACAGCCUGGCUAUUGGAACAGUCUGUGGACAUGCCACAAUUCACCCCGAUCUUGACAUCAACACCCCCUUCACAUCUCUAAGCGGGAACCUGCACAGCCAGCUUCUGGCUUUCAUAAAGGAACUUAAGGAUAAGGUAAUGGAAGUGUCUCCAUAAUUCAGCUAUUAUUCUGCAGGAUUACAGCCUGAGCCUAUUCUUCCUUCCAGUAAUAUUGCUGGAUGCAUUAAUAAAGAACAUACAAAUGGUCAGAAUCAGAAUGAAGUUGGUCUUUACCUUUACAGGAUUACUGUCAGCAGUGGGUAUAAUGGAAGUCAGUUCAGCUUGUGGGAAGACUCCAGAACAAAUGAGCACUACUACCAGUUCACCAGUGGCAAUGAUCUCAUCAUGCUUUUGGGGCUUCAUGUGGAGAGACUUAUCAUUCCGACUGCUGCGAUCCUUGGUACCAAAGUGGACUCUGACUAUGUGAAGUUUGGUUUCAAGUUUUGA